CACAGAGCUGCUGUUCUCUGCUUCUCCUCACUUUCCUCCCUAGACGUGCGCAGUUUGCUCCUAAAGACCGAGGCGGAGGGGGAGACAUCAGGAGGGGACAAUCCCUGGCUCAUUCCCAGGAUGGAGAAGGAUUCUCCAUCCGUGGCUGAACUGGCUGGAAAGUUAAAGGGUCACAUUUUACCAACGCCCAACUCAAAUAAAGAGCUUCCUUUUCGAGGAAGACCUCCCUGUUCUCUAAAGUUGCAAAAUCCUACCCAAGAUAAGGAAGUGACAGAUAAAACUGUCUCUCCCAACACCUUAAAGACCAAGAACUCCGCCCUCAUUGAGAAACUACAGGCUAACCUCGCUCUGUCACCCACGGCUCUGCUGCCUUCACCCAAGGGUCCGGACGUGAAGCUGCAGCCAGCACAGCUGUCCCCCUCCACGCCCUCCACACCUCUGAGUCCCACCCUGCGACCGUCACACGUGUCCAGCGAAGAAGAGGAUCCUGUUAGCUUUGACAGCCCACCUGAAGGCACCCCACUGCCAAGCUUUAACAAGACUCGUGCAAGAUUAUCAUUCAAGAGGCGUCCUCCCACAAGACAGCACAGAAGGUCAGCCGGAGAGGAGGCAGGAAGUCCUGCAAGUGAGCUGUCUCCAUGUGAACUGGACAGUCCAGAGGAAAAUGGGGACAAGGACCACGGCUUCGAGAACCUGGAGGAGGAAGCUGAAUCUGGGCAGUUGGCUAUUGUAAAAGAAGCUGAAAACAUAGAGGAAGACUGUGAAAAGAUGGAGGCUGAUGUGACGCAGUGUGACCCAGACAGCAGAGUGGAUCUGGGAGCAGAACAAGACAAACCUGCUGGGGCUUUGCAGAAGGGACAGGAGCCUUCCCAGCCUGAUGAGCAGAUGGAGGGCAACAUAAAGACAGAUCAGGGGCAGGACGAAACUCUUAAUGCAGCAAAACAAGGAGAAAAUAACACUGUGUGAACUUAAACCAUUUGUGUUUUCUUUUUGGAAAGAAAAGAUAAAAAUACCUUAAUUAAUAAUUGCAUUAAGAGAACUACAAUUCUUAAAAGUCUGUCUGCACAGAUGGUCUCCUGUCCUACUUUUUGAAAUUACUCUGUUGCCCUCUAGUGGCUGUCUUUUAAAGCAUGUCUUUGAGUUGAGAAAAGCAGCUGUUUGGAAAAAACCCCAAAGAUGAUAGCAGUUGAUGCUUAUCAAUGAUCACAGGAAAUAUUUGUUAAACUUGCAAAAAAAAAAACAACUUUAUUUUUGCAAAACAUAUAUAUUUAUGUAUAUUAUAUUUUUAAAAAUGAUCCAACAUUUUAUUGAAUUCAGCUUCAGCUCUGGGUGUAUAAAGCAAUGAAUGGGUGGAUAAAAGCAAAUUGCUAGAGAUUAUGAUAGAGGUCUAAUUUUUGUACAUGCAUUUGUAUAAUGUUAAACUAAAUCACUUUAAAUUACUUUAUUUUUCUUAAAUAAUGUUUAUGUUUUUUUUUUUUUUCUUCUCAGUUUUACUUGUGUGCUACUAAAUGAACAAAUGCUCCGACUUUUAUGAAUAUUAAAGUAAAUUACUUUCAUCAUGCAAAGCAAUCACCAUGGUGGAGGGGUUUAUUUAUCUUGACGGUUAAAGCAGCUGGACUUCCUGUACGUCUAAAAACUUUUCAACCCAUCCCAGAGAUCUUCAGUUCUUAGUUCUUGGUUGGAAGUGACCACAUUGUUAAGCACUGGGGCUCCAUUCAGAUGCAGCUGUCAUGAUCAUGUUCUUUUGUCUUCUGAGGCUUUCUGUGUCACAUGAAUGAGGGUGUCAAAUCCAAGGGAACUCCCUGGGGAGGUGUGCUCUGUUGUAUGUGGAUGAAAGAUGGUACUGCAGGCCAUCUCCGCUAUGGUUUCUCAUCUGACAUAAAAAAAAAAACCAUAAUCAUGAAUAAAAAGCCUUAAAAACCUUGAGU